UUUGAGGGUGUCAGAGCAACAAAGAACUGUUGUCAUGCCAACGUGACGUCACUGACAUAUCUUCUCUUCUGUAGAAAGAGAGGAUGCCGGUUUUCGAUCAGAACUGCUUGUUGUUGAAUUUACACUCUUUAUUCCUGAUUGUUCCGUUCUUAAUCUCCGAUAGUUCAACUAUAUUAAUUGGCACUUGUUAUAAACAAAUUUUAAUUUUAAGUGUAAUGAACAAUUUUGGAAAAAUGUUGUGGUAAAUAUUCUUCUUAAAAGGAAUGAUUGAUACUCCCUUGCUGCUAAUUCAACAGCAUAACAGUGAAAAGAACAUCCAGAGCAAGAAAAAAGAAACUGGGUGAAAAUAGUUUCAGAAUCAUUCUCGCCAAAAACCUCCCAACCUUGGCAUCGAAAUAUCAUUUCUUCACAAAUGGGAUGAAUUAAAAUACUUUCCUCCAAUUUUAGACGUUUUACCAUUUACCCAUCUAUUGAAUAUGGAAGGUCCAGAUACUGGUUACAGUUGGGUCGUUGUUGUUUGCUGUGCUUUUAUACAUUUUGCAAUUUUCGGUAUCUUCAGAUCAGCUGGUGUAAUAUAUGUGGCCAUUCUCCAGAACUAUGACGUAACUCGUGAGGAAGCUUCUUGGCCAUUCGCCUUGGCUGCUGCCGUCUUUCAAAUUACAAGUCCUGUUACCAGUAUAAUCACACAUUAUAUUUCUCAACGAAAAGCUUGUAUGAUAGGGGGAAUAAUAUGUACAGUAGGUGUUGCAGGUUGCUAUUUUGCAGAUAGCAUAAUGUGGAUAAACAUAUUUUAUGGGGUAAUUCAUGGUUUUGGAUUUGGGAUGCUUACUACCUUAUUAAUUGUGAUACUCAACCAAUAUUUCGUGAAAUAUCGUGCCACAGCGAUUGGUUUUGCAUUUUCUGGAGGAUCAGUUAGUACAUUAAUAUUUCCUUUGGUCAUGGAAUGGUUACUGUACAAUUACAAUCUUAAAGACAGCUUUUUGUUGUUAAGUGGAGUGAUUAUGAACACUAUUGUAGCAUCUGCUUUGUUAAAAGCACCUCCAUGGAUGAAAAAGGCUAAACCGAAAAAAAAUUCCAUAGAAAAGGCCUGUGAAGAAAGGGACUCUGGUGUUUCUACAUCUGGUGGCAAUGAAACGAAACAUUCCACAACAGCAACACUAAUUCCCUUAGCCCCUAAAGCUGAGCCAGAAGAUUCUGAAAUUGACGAACUAGAUGGCAACCAAAAUAACUCCAUUAAAAUGUUAAGCCAUGGGAAUAAUCUUCCCGACCAAGAUAACGCUGUCUUGAAGGAGGCAUUACCAGAUGGUAUUAAAAGCUUGGAUACUGUAGGCAGCAAUAACGACAGUGUUCUGUUUGGCGGUUCAUAUUCAAAGCUCAAUGUCAUUUCUGGCACACACGAGAAGCCAAAGAAUGGCGAAAUCACUAAAAAUAUUGAAGAGCAAACUCAACUAUUAGAUAAUAAGCAAAUUUUUGUAAUGAAAAAGAAAGAAAAAGUUUAUGAUGAACCAAUACUAGAUACAGGUAUUAAACACUCUUUGUCUACUAUAUUAAGAAAUCCAGCUUUCUAUAAAAUAGCUAUUACUAUGUGUGUUUAUUUUCUUGGAGUGCAUGCUACAUUUAUGGUUAUAGUAGAUUUUGCCAAAGACAAAGGCAUACCUGAAGAGAAAGGAGUUUACAUCAUAUCAAUGUUUUCAUUAACCGACUUAAUCGGUAGAGCUGGCUUAGGUUGGGUGACUGAUCGUAAUUACGUACAAAGAAAGGAUGUGGUGUGCCUUAGUUUAGCUAUUUUAGGGAUUAUUUAUCAUUUGUAUCCCGUCAUAAAUGAAUUGUCUGGUGUAUUGGUAUUAGCAGCAAUUCAAGGUUUAGCAGUUGGUUGUUCAAUUACAUUGUUUUUUGUUAUUCAAGCUGACAACUUGGGGUUGAAGAACCUAACAUUAGUGAUUGGAUUAACAAAUUUUAUUACUGGAAUUAGUACUUUGUUACGCCCAAGUAUUAUAGGUUUAUUUCGAGAUGUGAUAGGUUCUUACAAUUGGAUGUUUCAUGCUAUAGGAGCUUGUAAUUUGAUAUUUGCUUUGAUUUGGUUCAUAGAAUCUUGUAGGACUAGGCAAAAAUACAAAAAAGCUAUCUGUGAUGAAAAAGAUGUGAUAUGAAAAGUUAUAGAUGUGCAUUAUGUAUAAACAUAUUUACAAUUCUACUUAUUUUUUUAGUACAUGUUUUACACAUUUCUGCAAAGCAAAUAACUUUGGAGAAUAUAGUUAAUAAAUUAUUGUUAUUGUCUAAA